GCAGGGAGAUCUGCCCCCCCCCCCCCCCAUCCCCACCCUCCAGGAGAGACACAGGGCCCCCCAGUCCACCCAGCAUGGACAGCAAACGCUCCACCACCCCCCUGUCUGAGGGUUCUCUUUCAGGGCUCCAGUCCCAGACACCCUCUGUCCCAGCUGCUAGGAAGGAGCUGAGAGCUGCAGGCUGCCUACCAGAGGACAAGAGAAGAGUGCUCUGUCAGUUAGCUGCGAUCAGUAGAAAGCUGCGCAGCAAACAGAAACGUGUGAAGGGACAGUUGAUGCUCUCAGAGUGGGAAGAGCUGGACUGUCUCAUGAGUGACAGGUAACACCCUCCACUACUGUAAUGACAGAAGGUGACUAUGGUAGGGUCUG